GCCUUAACAUAACAAAGCCACAGAGCUGCUGCAGAUAUAUAUGAACAUAAUCCGCAGCUCACACAAACAAGAAACAUGCUAAAAUCACAAGCCCCAUAAUUAAAUCGUCUGUACGUACUAAAUGGAGUCCCAGCUGCCCCUUCCCCAUCGGCGGAGUCCUGCUGCCACGCUUUGGCUUCUUCACUGCAUCACCGCCAUUGCUCUUGUCACUUGCUCCGCGUCUGGUGCAAAGUGGACUCAUGGGAAUGAGAACGAUCACCUUGCUCUACUAGAAUUCAAGGCCAAUAUCAUUGAUCCCCUUGGUGUUUUGAGCUCAUGGAACUCCAGUCACCACAUCUGUGAGUGGUUUGGAGUUACUUGUGGCCGAAGGCACCGGAGAGUCGCGCGGUUAGAAUUGAAAUCCCAAGGCCUGUGUGGGACUAUAUCCCCUCAUAUUGGGAAUCUGAGCUUCCUAAGGGUCCUCGAUCUCGUCAACAACAGCUUCCAUUCGAGGAUUCCCCUCGAAGUCGGUCGUUUGUCGAGGUUGCAGUACUUUUACCUCUCCAACAACUCACUCCAUGGAUCAAUUCCUCCGAGCUUGUCCAGCUGCUCUAAUCUUGUCGGUAUCAGGCUCUCCAAUAACAAACUCGAAGGGCAGCUACCAGUAGAUCUUGGCUUCCUCUCCAAGCUCAAACGGCUUAUAUUGGGGCUUAAUGAGUUGAAUGGGGUAAUCCCAGCUUCAAUUGGAAACUUGACAUCUCUAGAGCACCUUGUUAUGCAAGAAAACAAGCUUGGGGGUAAGAUUCCCGAUACUCUGGGCAACUUGAGAAACUUGAAGGUUCUUUCUCUUUGGGAUAAUAACUUAGUUGGCAAUAUCCCUUCAUCAGUCACCAACAUUUCUUCCAUGGAAGUUCUUGCUGUGAGUCAUAACCGAUUAGCGGGUACCUUGCCAUUGGACUUGGGCAUCACUCUUCCAAAUAUCCAAUAUUUCUCUAUUGCCAUAAACCAGUUCUUCGGACCUAUCCCCAGAUCCAUAUCCAACAUGUCCCAACUAUCUAGCUUUAUAAUUCAGUCCAACAAUUUCACAGGGGAUGUUCCAUCUUUCCAGCAGAUGAGUAACCUCUACUGGUUCAGCGUGGCUGAUAACUAUCUGGGAAGUGAGCAAGCUAACGACCUCAACUUCCUCUGCUCAUUGGCAAAUUCUACAACUCUCCACAGGUUGCAUAUAAGUGUGAACAAUUUCGGAGGGGCAAUGCCCAAAUGUAUCGGUAACAUGUCCAACACCCUUAAUGAUUUCACAUUGCAUGGCAAUGCUUUGUCUGGGACCUUGCCAAGCAGUAUCGGGUAUCUCGUAGGUCUGGAGGUUUUGUCCUUAUCUUACAACAGUUUUUCUGGUAUCAUUCCACCCGAAAUUGGAAGUCUUAACAAGAUAAAGAGAUUGUAUCUCGCAAUCUGUGAGUUCACUGGAGAGAUCCCGCGCACUCUCGGAAAUUUGACGGUGAUGACUAUUCUGUCCUUACUGGGAAAUAAUCUUACAGGCACCAUACCUUCUUCUUUGGGCAAGUGUCAGAGCUUAUUAUCACUAGAUCUCUCAGAGAACAAGCUUGCUGGUGCCAUACCCCCCGAGAUUAUGAGCCUCUCGUCCCUAUCAAUCUAUGCCGACUUCUCAGAGAAUGAUUUGGCUGGAGAGCUUCCCAUGGAAAUCGGGAAUCUGAAAAGUCUCACCCAACUUGAUCUCUCCCGAAACAGGCUGUUGGGAGAAAUUCCGAGCAGUCUGGGUAGUUGUAUGUCGUUGAUGUUCUUGUCCAUGCAGGAUAACAUGUUCACAGGUCCCAUCCCUUCAACUCUGAGUUCGUUGAAAGGGAUUCAAGAAUUGAACCUCUCCCACAACAGGCUCUCCGGUCAAAUUCCUGAGUUCUUGAAGGACCUCAAUCUUUCAAUUUUAGAUCUGUCUUUCAAUAACUUUCAGGGCAAGUUGCCAAAGGAAGGAGUUUUUGCAAAUUCAAGUGCAACCUCGGUUCGGGGAAAUAAGGAGCUUUGUGGGGGUCUACCAGAAUAUCGGCUGCCCAAAUGUCAGUCAACUGGUAAAUCAUCUAAUGGUAGAGUGAGAAAUGCUUCUAUCUAUAAGGUGUCCGGGAUUUUGGCAACAACUUUGGUUUUCUUAUUACUUUUUUUCCUCUGGCAUAGAAAGCAGAGGAAAACCGUUGCUUCUGGUGCUUCAAACGAUGGAUUUCUCAAGGUUUCUUAUGGAGACUUGCUGAAAGCAACCGAUGGGUUUUCCUCUGCCAAUCUAAUUGGAACCGGUAGCUUUGGAUCCGUGUUCAGAGGGGUUCUUGGUCUAGAGCAGACGGCCAUUGCAGUGAAAGUGCUAAAUCUUGAUCGUCACGGAGCAUCGAAGAGCUUCAUUGCCGAGUGUGAGGCCUUAAGGAACAUCAGGCAUCGUAAUCUUGUUAAGGUACUCACAGCAUGUUCGGGCUCCGAUUACCAGGGCAAUGACUUCAAGGCCUUGGUAUAUGAGUUUAUGGUCAACGGGAGUUUAGAUGAGUGGUUACAUCCACCAGUCGGGACCAGUGGAGAGCGAGAGGACAUACAGCGGGAAUUAGGUCUUGUCCAGAGAGUGAAUAUUGCCUCAGAUGUUGCUUGUGCUUUAGAUUAUCUGCAUCAUCAGUGUGAAACACCCAUAGUGCACUGUGAUCUAAAGCCGAGCAACAUCCUCAUUGAUGGUGAAAUGACUGGGCAUGUGGGUGAUUUUGGGCUGGUCAGGUUCAUGCCAGAAGCCACCAGGGAGCUGAUUUCUGAUCAAACAAGCUCUAUAGGAGUAAAAGGAUCUCUCGGCUAUAUCGCACCCGAGUAUGGAGCGGGAGCUGAGGUGUCCAUUAAUGGAGAUGUGUACAGCUACGGCAUCCUCAUACUGGAGAUGUUCACAGGGAAGAGGCCCACUGAUAACAUGUUUGGUGAUGGACUGAACUUUCAUUCCUUUGCUAUGGCAGCUUUACCGGAGCAGGUUCUGCAGAUUAUUGAUCCUGUCCUGCUUGGGGAGAGCCAAAAUGAGGACGAAAGUCGAGGCAUCAGGAGAAGCCGGAGGAGCCACGAGAGGCUCCUUAAGAUUCAAGAGUGUUUGGUAUCAAUUGUGGAAAUUGGAGUGGUCUGUUCUUCUGAAGUUCCAAGAGACAGAAUGAGCAUAGGCGAUGUUGCAGCUGCUCUGCAAGCAAUUCAGAAUAAGCUUCUUGGAAGCUGAGGAAAUUGAAGACAGUCGAAAUGGGAGCACGAUUCAUGGCAUUCGAAGUAUUGUGUAGAUGAUAUCUAAAGAAAGUGUACCUUCACAUCGCUGGUCCAAUGGCUUUGGUCAGGAGUGAUGUUCUGGUUCUUCAGGUUUCUAUAAUUUCCCAAAUUUAUAUGCAUGAACUCUCGCAUUGUUACUUUUUGGACUCUAA